AUGGCUGCCGUGCCGCAGCAGAAGGUACACGAUGUAAUCAAACAUUAUCGUCCUGCUAGACAAUUCCCCGGCUCUGUGCGCUCGGAUGGAGCGGAAAGUCGUAUCACCUCACUGGACUUCGAUGACAUGGGCGAUUUUUUGGUCGCGGCCUGCGAUGACGAGACAAUGCAAGUAUACGAUAUCAAAGAGGGAAAGAGAACCAAAAUGAUACCCAGCAAGAAGUAUGGAAUUCACCUCGCUCGGUUUACUCAUCAUCCGCGCAAUGUCCUGUUUGCCAGUACGAAACAAGACGACUCACUCCGCUUACUCGAACUGCAUAACGAGAGUUUUGUUCGUUACUUCACCGCUCACACUGCCCAAGUAACCUGUAUCGCCUUGUCACCUGGAAGCGAUCAGUUCCUCUCAUGCGGGAGUGACGACAUGGUUUGCCUGUGGGAUCUAAAUUCGAGAAGUCCUCAGGGGAAACUGAAACUCGUCACGCCCUACCUUGCUGCCUACGAUCCUUCGGCGAAUGUGAUGGCGAUAGCAUCGCAAUCCACCUCAUCCGUCCUCAUGUACGAUGUUCGAAAUUUCGAUAAAGCCCCUUUUGCAACAUUCGACAUGUCCGAAGCGGAAGAUAAAUACACUCCGACUACUAAAGGGCGUGCAUGGACAAAACUGGAGUUCUCAAAUGAUGGAAAGAGUAUGCUUGUAGGAACGGAUUAUCAUGGUCACUUUGUAUUGGAUGCGUUUGAUGGAGCGGUCAAGUCAUUCCUCGUGGGUAAAACGAACGGAACAGGACGAGCCGCGCCCGUGUCAACAUCAGGAAAGCCUUUGGGUCAAGGCGAUGCAUGCUUUACACAAGAUGGGAGGUAUAUCAUCGGCGGGACAGGAGACCAAGACCUCCUUGUCUGGGACACUCAAGUCGCUACCGGCGGUCGGCAGGAACCUACCACGAAGUUGACAAGUCGCGGCAUCAAGAGUGCCAUUGUACAAUGCAAUCCACGCUACAACAUGCUUGCAACGGCAGACACAAAAGUCUGCAUGUGGCUCCCAGGAGACCAAAUCAAAAAUCCAGAUCUCUAA